AUGAUUUGUGAGAGAGAUGACUUCAGCCUCACUGGUCCACUACACUUAACAUCUAUAGAUUGGUUCGCAUCUUCUUCUCUUAAUCUUCAACUUUUGUUUUGUCGGGCUAAUGAACAUCAUCGUCGAUCUGUAGCUGCCUCUUUGGUCCAAGGAAUCUAUGUAGCUGAGCGUGACCGUCAGCUACAAAGGGAUGGUCCUGAGGCUGCUUUAUCUCCAUUAUGGUCUGAGUUUUUCCAUUUCCGCCUCAUCCGUAAGCUAGUUGACGAUGCGGAUUUCUCCAUAUUUGGAGGAAUUUACGAGUACAAACCGCCUCAGCCACCUUCUCAUACUAUCAAAUCCGGGGAACUAAGUCCGCGCUAUGUAAUUGCGUUCAGAGGAACGGUUACAAAAGCGGACUCUAUUUCCCGUGACAUUGAGUUAGACAUCCACAUUAUCAGAAACGGUCUUCACACGACCACACGAUUUGAGUUAGCUAUCCAAGCUGUGAGAAAUAUGGUGGCUUCGGUUGGUGCCUCGAAUGUGUGGCUUGCUGGUCAUUCUCUUGGUGCAUCCAUGGCAUUGCUUACUGGGAAAACAGUCGCUAGAACCGGAGUUUUUCCAGAGUGUUUCGCCUUCAAUCCGCCGUUUUUGUCUGCUCCUAUCGAAAGAAUCAAGGAUAAGAGGAUCAAACACGGGAUUCGCAUCGCAGGUAGUGUGAUCACAGCUGGACUUGCUCUAGCCAAAAAAGCCACCCAACAACACAGCAGCCAAAACCACCUUGCAUUACCGGCACCAGUCGACCCAUUUGCUGCCUUAUCCGACUGGUUUCCGCGGCUGUAUGUCAACCCCGGGGACCACUUGUGCUCGGAGUAUAUCGGUUACUUCGAUCACCGUAAGAAGAUGGAGGAAAUGGGGGUCGGUUUUGUAGAGCGGCUAGCGACACAACACUCGUUGGGCGGUUUGCUGGUGGAUAUUGUGAGCGGAGGAAAGAACACUGAAGGACCUGUUCAUCUGGUUCCUUCUUCGGUUUUGACGGUGAACUCAAAUCCGUCGAGGGAUUUUAAAGAAGCUCAUGGGAUUCACCAGUGGUGGAGAGAGGAUCAGAGGUUUGAUACCAAAGUCUACCGGUACAAAUGA